GCGGGAGAUGGCGGCGCCAAGCGCGGAGUCCCGGUCCACCCUCCAGCACAAGAGGCUGAUGGCCGCUGAUAUGGGGCGCAGGCAUCACCCAAGAGAACAUUGUAAUGCCUCCUGCUCGAGACCGAAGAUUAAGGUCUUCGUGAAGGGAACCUGUAGAAGAACACAGAAUUAAAACGAUAUUGGGAGUGUAUGGCAUGCAUCCUGACCAUCAGGAAACUCUAAAAAAGAACCGAGUGGUGCUAGCCAAACAGCUGUUGCUGAGUGAACUGUUAGAACAUCUUCUGGAGAAGGACAUCAUCACCUUGGAAAUGAGGGAGCUCAUUCAGGCCAAAGUGGGCAGUUUCAGCCAGAAUGUGGAACUCCUCAACUUGCUGCCCAAGAGGGGUCCCCAAGCUUUUGAUGCCUUCUGUGAAGCACUGAGGGAGACCAAGCAAGGCCAUCUGGAGGAUAUGUUGCUCACCACCCUCUCUGGGCUUCAGCGUGUACUCCCGCCGUUGAGCUGUGACUACGACUUGAGUCUCCCUUUCCCGAUGUGUGAGUCCUGUCCCCCUCACAAGAAGCACCACCUGUCGACAGAUACUGUGGAACAUUCCCUAGACAAUAAAGAUGGUCCUGCCUGCCUUCAAGUGAAGUCUUGCACUCCUGAAUUUUAUCAAACACACUUCCAGCUGGCCUAUAGGUUGCAGUCUCGGCCUCGUGGCCUGGCACUGGUGUUGAGCAAUGUACACUUCACUGGAGAGAAGGACCUGGAAUUUCGCUCUGGAGGGGAGGUGGACCACAGUACGCUAGUCAUCCUCUUCAAGCUUUUGGGCUAUGACGUCCAUGAUCUACAUGACCAGACUGCACAGGAAAUGCAAGAGAAACUCCAGAAUUUUGCACAGUUACCUGCACACCGAGUCACGGAUUCCUGCAUCAUAGCACUCCUCUCGCAUGGUGUGGAGGGCGCCAUCUAUGGUGUGGAUGGGAAACUGCUCCAGCUACAAGAGGUUUUUCGGCUCUUUGACAACGCCAACUGCCCAAGCCUACAGAACAAACCGAAAAUGUUCUUCAUCCAGGCCUGCCGUGGAGAUGAGACUGAUCGUGGGGUUGACCAACAAGAUGGAAAGAGCCAUGCAGGAUCCCCUGGGUGCGAGGAGAGUGAUGCUGGUAAAGAGGCGUUGCUGAAGAUGAGACUGCCCACGCGCUCAGACAUGAUAUGCGGCUAUGCCUGCCUCAAAGGGACCGCUGCCAUGCGGAACACCAAACGAGGCUCCUGGUACAUCGAGGCCCUCGCUCAGGUGUUUUCUGAGCGGGCUUGUGAUAUGCAUGUGGCUGACAUGCUGGUUAAGGUGAAUGCACUUAUCAAGGAUCGGGAAGGCUACGCCCCUGGCACAGAGUUCCACCGGUGCAAGGAGAUGUCUGAGUACUGCAGCACUCUGUGCCGUCACCUCUACCUGUUCCCAGGACACCCUCCCACAUGAUGCCGCCUCCCCAUCAUCCACGCCAAGUGGAAGCCACUGGACCACAGGAGGUGUGAUAGAGCCCUUUGAUCUUCAGGAUGCACGGUUUCUGUUUUUCCCCCUCAGGGAUGUGGGAAUCUCCCAGACUUGUUUCCUGUGUCCAUCAUCUCUGCCUUUGAGUGGGACUCCAGGCCAGCUCCUCUUCUGUGAAGCCCUCUGCCUGUAGAGCCAGCUGUGGUUGGACCUAUUGCCAGGAAUGUUUCAGCUGCAGGUGAAGAGCCUGACAAGUGAAGUAAUAAACACAGUGUGGUUAUGGGGAGAGGGCAUAUAAGCUCCCCCAUAUUUGGGUUCAGUUCUAGUUUUUGUAGAUGGCACUUUAGUCAUUGCUUUUCUUUCAUUAGUUAAGAUGUCUCAGAUGUCAUCUUUUCUUUUAUUCAUAUCCCCAGCCGUUUUUGUCCUAGAGAGAGUUUGGAAGCUGUCCAAAUUUAAUGUAGACAUUACUGUUUGGCUCUGAAGAGGCAAACAUGACUAGAGAGACACCUUGCUGCAGUGUGCAGAAGUGGCCUGUGUGUUCCCUUCACUACUGCAGGGCCACCCAGUGGAAGGAUGCUCUUGGCUCGUUUGGGCUCAAGGCGCCGCAGCCUUUCAGCAGAUGUUUCCUUGCAUCUGUACCUUAUUGAUGUUUGCCUGUGGAAGUCUCAAAGAUCUUUCAUUGAUUGUUUCUCUGAGCUUUGUUACUGAAAUGAGCCUCGUGGGGAGCAUCAGAGAAGGCCGGGAAGAGUGGCGUAUUUCCCCAGACUCUGUAAGCUCUCUGUAGCUUUUUCUUUCCUGUGAAAUGUCCAUCUCUCUCCCUUACUAUUCCCACUUCAUUCAGUCAACCUGCACUUCAUAUCUAGAUUUCUAGAAAAGCUUCCUAGCUAUCUCCCUGCUUCAUACCUCUCCCCCCUUUACCUUCAUGUCAUCCUGUUGACUGCUGCCACCAAAUCUGUCUCAAAUACUACUUUACUGGACCAUGUAGCUGCUCACAGAUGUCAUGUAGUUCCUUGUUUCUGCUUUCUGCUUCAGUAUUAAACUCUCCUUUGAUACAGUGUGGUCUUUAUUUCAGUGCCAUACGUAUUAUUUUUUUCAACCUAGAAACCUUUAUCCCUGCUUAUCUAAAACUUUCCUGUUCUUUAAGGCCUUUUUUUUAAAAAAAAAAAAAAAAACUUCCAUUCUUACUUCCUCCAGUCUAUUCUCCACAUGACAGAGUAGUUUUGUUUUUUUUAUUUUAUUUGGUUAUUUGUUUGGUGUUUUUUGUUUUUUAGGGCAAGGUCUCAUUAUGUUUCUCAGACUGGUCUCGAACUCCUGGCCUCAGCCAUCCUCCCACCUCAGCCUCCCAAAUAGCUGGGACUACAGGCAUGAGCCACCGCACCUGGCCAGGUUUUGGUUGUUUAAAUACAAAUCUGAUCAUGUCACCACCACCACCACCCACCCCACUUAGAACACCUUUUGCUUUCUAUUACACCUCAUUUAAAAUUUAAACAAUUCACUUGGUUUGUGAGAACUAGUUCUUGCCUUCCCCUUGAACCUCAUUAAAUGGUGAUUUCUCGCCAAGCUCCAGCCCCAGUGGUCUCCUCUCAGUUUCUAAUUGUGCGCUCUUUCCUGCCCUCUUCCUAGGCCUUCUCAGCUCUCCACCCCCACCACUCUUGACUCAGGCGGUGUCCUUAUUCCUCAAGUCUUGACCACUCCCAGGCCCUUCUGUCGUUGAACAGUCUUCUCCUGUGGCUGUCACCACGUAUUGUCCUUUCCCCCCAUUGCAUUUAUUGCAGUGUACAUAUAUGCUAGUUUUACUUGUUCAUUUCUGUCUCCCCUCCCAGGCUGUAAAGAAGGGCAGAAACCUUGCUUGUUUUAUUCACUAUCAUGUACUGAGUACUUGACACAUAGUGGGUCUUCAGUAAAUGUUUGUUGAAUAAAAGAACAAAGAAGGCAAGUCAACCUUAGCUACAACUCUGCCUUUUGAUAAAAUUUUCCUUUUGACAGUAUACAUGGUUUAUUAUUUUUGUACUUUGAUUUUCCAUGUGUUUUGCUUUUAUCUGCUGGCAUUUUUAGCUCCUUGGGGACAUUAUAUGUGAGGUAACUCCCUUCACAUCUCCCAUGGUCUCUAGCAAAAUGCUAGGCCUGUAGUAGUCAAGGUGCUCAAUAAAUAUUUGUUCUGUGAGCUGGGUGGUUUGAAGCCUUGCUGCCAAGUCCUGCCUUUGGGUCAACAUAGUAUGGAAGUAUUUGAGUGAGUAACUUUUCCACUCCCACUGCCAGGAUUUUGUAUUGCCAUCAGGUGCCAAAUAAAUGCUCAUAUUUAUUACUGA